GCGGUGGGAGAACUGCUGGGGCGGGUGCGGGCAGCCCGCCCUAGGGGUGUCGGGGGACGGCCUCCGUGGCCCGGGCACCCCGGGUCAGGGUCCCGCCCCGCCUAGAGGCAGCGGGGCGGCCGGCAGCGAGGGCCCGGUGGCGCCGGCCCUGGUGAUAAGAACCACAUAAUGUCAAUAGCUCGGUCAUCGGUCCAUGCCAAAUGGAUCGUGGGGAAGGUGAUUGGGACAGCAAUGCAGAAAACCGCUAAAGUGAGGGUGACCAGGCUUGUUCUGGAUCCCUACUUGUUAAAGUAUUUUAAUAAGCGAAAAACAUACUUUGCUCACGAUGCCCUUCAGCAGUGCACUGUUGGGGAUAUUGUGCUUCUCAAAGCUUUACCUGUUCCACGAACAAAGCAUGUGAAACAUGAACUGGCCGAGAUCGUUUUCAAGGUUGGCAAAGUCAUAGAUCCAGUGACAGGAAAACCCUGUGCGGGAACCACCUACCUGGAGAAUCCCAUCAGUUUGGAAACCAGUUACCCCAAAACUCCAGAAGAACUCGAUGUUUCUUCAUCACCGUGAAGGAGUGGAAGAAGGAGCCAAAGGGAAAGAUCUAUGUUUGCUUUAUGGGGAAAAAAAAUUUCAGUUUCAUUCCAAACUGUGUCCAAUUUUUCUUAUUUAUAUUUUCAUUCAAAGGAAUCUUGAAUUUCUCUAAGCCUCUAUUAGAGAAGAAAACCCUUCAAUAAAAACUGAUAAAGUCA